AUGAAUGCGGUGUGUGAGAGACGCAUAAAACGUUUGGAGCAGCAGCUACGAUGUUAUACACGCGCCUACGAUGCACAGCGGAAGGUAUUAUUUGAGCUUAACGCAAAACUACAGGCUGCAAAGACGGUAGAGGGUGCUGCGCUCAACAGCGGAGAGACCACCGGCCCACCUGCGUCUGCGAGAAGCGAAGAGAAAGGGAUGCAGAUGUCUGCAGUUGUGCCUACUGUUGAAUGGGAUGAGGCGUUUCGACAGCGCCUGCUGCAAGUUCUACAGGACCCAUUGGAACAGCAGCAGGCAGUGACUUUCCCCACCGUGGCAUCACAUGACACGUGUAGCGAUGACGCCAAUCCUCUUCAUGGGGAUCGGGAGAUAAUAAUGCGAAGCCUGGGACCUCCGCGACAUGAUGCAUCCAUCAGAAGCGGGGAUGGUGGCAGCAAUACUGAGGAUGAUGGGGAUUCACCGCCGGCCACACGAUUGCCGUCAGCAAGGCAUGGGUCAAAGGCAGUGAAAUCCGAGCAACUCACCGCGUCUCUUGUCAUUGCGUCGACGGACGCGGCAACACGCUUCCUUGAAAUGAUGCGGCGGCUGUGGUCGGCGUACUUUGCUCACAUGCAUUCGCAGGUGCAGGGAGUACUGCGUCGGAUGGAUGACAACUUCGCUCGCUUUGACGCAAGCCCAUCGGAGGAGACGCUUGUGGAAUUCCUCGAGGCGCACCAACGACUCCGGCCGCACUUGAGCGGCAUUUUCGGAAUGCCGGAAGGAGAAGAAAAGGAAGAAAAGAAGGGACAACCUCGUGGGGCUGCAUUGCCGUCGGGGAAUCCUUUGGAGCAGGAGGGAGUGUUUGUGCAGCAGCUCUCCCUGUGCAUCGCGGAGGCGGUGUCGCCCCUGUUGGCUCUCGCCCUCCGCAGUGGCAACAACGGGACGCAAGUCGUUGGUAAGAACCAUGACGAGAAAAAAACGCGGUCCUCUCGUCAGAGGCGGCAUGACGGUCACAGGACGCAUGCAGCGGCAGCAGUAGCACCGCCACCUGUUUGUUCCGCGCCUUUUUCUCCUUCCAGUUCUCACUCCGUGUCGACUGUAUUCACCGACGCGGAGGAAAGCGUGACGGAGUCCUUGAUGCCGAACAGGGAUGCCUCCCAAGAGGAACUCUUAGAUAGUCAUAAUGGCAACAAAACCAGAAGCAGCGGAGAAAGCACGACGGGCAGCAGUGAAGGUCACAAUUCACGUGCGCUAGAUGUGAACGGAAUGGGGCCAAAAGGCACUCACUCCCCCUCCCCCGUGCGCCCCAACCCCGUUAGAAAUGACCGCAAAACAGACGCCGGCACACCCCGUUUGAACGAAGAGGACGCAGAAAAUUAUCGACCGCAGCGACGAUGGCGACGAGAUAUUGACAGUUUGCAGGUGGAAGCGGUACUUUAUAGCCGUGGGAGCUCUGUCAGCAUGCGUAUUCCGUUGAACGGUCCUGCUGCUGCCUCAACGACUCAUCGUGCGAUAGGCGAGGAGGAGGAGGAAGUGGAAGUGGGAGGCGCAGCCACCUGGCAGAACCCACACACCCGUCUACGGCGUCUGCGCAUGCAGGAGGAAAGGCUGUCCUUCACGUUAAUUGACAUCGUGGCACAACGACAUGAUUGCAGCAAUGAGGCCAAGUGCUACGCCAUGAACAAACGACUUGCACGCGUACGAAGUGCGAUAAUCCGUACGGAGCGAGAAGUGAAUGAACUUAGGCGCAUUCAAGAAGAAAAGGAGGCAAUACGAAAAGAACGUGCAGCCCGUCAGCGACGUCUUCUUUAUAUUUAA